AUGUACAUGUAUAUUGAUUUCACGUUGGAUUUCUACUUCCGGCAAUUUUGGACUGACCCGCGGCUUGCGUUUAAAAAGCGGCCUGGAGUUGAAACGCUCAGCGUCGGUUCGGAAUUUAUUAAAAAUAUCUGGGUACCAGAUACAUUUUUUGUCAACGAAAAACAGUCGUACUUUCACAUUGCCACCACCAGCAACGAGUUCAUUCGUAUACAUCACUCUGGCAGUAUUACACGGAGUAUACGAUUAACAAUCACGGCUUCGUGUCCAAUGAAUCUACAGUACUUCCCGAUGGAUCGACAACUUUGUCACAUCGAAAUCGAAAGCUUCCAAAUCUAG